AUGGCCAGGCUCCUCGUUCUGCUCAUGGUCUUACUCCAAGCUUUCUCUCUCCGCGGGGCGCUGCGGUUCAGCGUGGACGAGGAAGCGGCUCCGGGCACGGUGCUGGGCAUUUUGGCCGAGGAAUUGCAAAGGCCCGGGGAGGUUGCGCCCCGCGGCUUCCAAUUGGUGAAGGCGCCGGGCAACGGGUCGCUGGUGCGAGUGCGAGAGCGGGACGGGCAGCUGAGCCUGGGCACGGAGCGGCUGGACCGGGAGCAGCUGUGCGGCCAGUCGGAGUCGCCCUGCCUGCUGGCCUUCGACGUGCUGAGCCUGGGCGGCCCGGCUGGCGGGGGAGCCUCGCCGCCUUUCCGCCUGGUGCACGUGGAGCUGGAGGUGCGGGACCUGAACGACCACGCGCCGCGCUUCCCGCAGCCCGCCGUGGCCCUGGAGGUGUCGGAGAGCGCGGCGCCCGGCACCCGCCUGCCGCUGCCCCUGGCCCACGACCCGGACGCCGGCUCCAACGGGCUGCAGAGCUUCGCCCUCUCGCCGGGCAGCCCCUUCGGCUUGGAGGCGCAGCGGCGCGCCGACGGGCUCCGCUGCGCCGAGCUGGUGCUGCUGCGCGAGCUGGACCGGGAGGCGCAGGCCGGCUACCGGCUGGAGCUGGUGGCCAAGGACGGCGGGAGCCCCGCGCGCUCGGGGACGGCCACGCUCAGCGUGCGCGUGCUGGACGCCAACGACAACGCCCCCGCCUUCCCCCGGGGCGCGCUCCUGACCCUGGAGCUGCCCGAGGACGCGCCGCCGGGCGCGCUGCUGCUGGAGCUGGAGGCGGCCGACGCCGACGAGGGCGCCAACGGGCAGCUGCUCUACGCCUGGGGCAGCCAGGUGCCCGCCGAGGCCCGCCCCUCCACCCUCGACCCGCUCUGGGGCCGCCUGGCCCUGCCCCCCCCCGUCGACUACGAGCUGCAGCGCACCUACGAACUGGACGUGCAGGUCAGCGACCGGGGCGCCAGUCCGCUGGCCGCCGCCUGCAAAGUGGUGGUGCGGCUCCUGGACGUCAACGACAACGCGCCCGCCGUGGCCAUCAGCGCCCUGGGCGCCCCCGCGGGGCCGGACGCUGCGCGGGGCCCGGAGGCCGAGGAGGAGGCCGGCUGGGCGGCGGUGAGCGAGGCGGCGCCGGCCCAGAGCCUGGUGGCGCUGGUCAGCACCUCGGACAGCGACGCGGGCGCCAACGGCCAGGUGCGCUGCGCUCUCCUGCCGGCGCCCCACCAGCCCUUCGCCCUGCAGCGCGCCUACGACGCCGACAGCUACCUGGUGCUGACCACCGGCGCCCUGGACCGCGAGCGCGUGGCCGAGUACAACCUGACGCUGGUGGCCGAGGACCUGGGCUCUCCCCCGGCCAAGACCGUCCGCUCGCUCACCGUCCGCGUGGCCGACGAGAACGACAACGCCCCGCGCUUCGCCAAGGCGCGCUACGAGGUGGCCCUGCCGGAGAACAACCCCCCGGGGGCCUACCUGACCACCGUGGUGGCCUCCGACCCCGACCUGGGACCCAACGGCCUGGUGACCUACCAGCUUCUGGGAACGGCCGCCCCGUCGAGUCUCUUCUCGGUGGAUUCCCGCCUGGGCGUUGUGCGAGUUCAGGGCUCCCUGGACCGGGAAGAGGAGGAGGAGGGGGCGCCGCGGCAUGAAGUAGUGGUGGAAGCCUGCGACGGCGGUAUCCCUUCGCUCUGCGGACGCACCCUGGUCGUUGUCAGGGUGGAGGAUCAGAACGACAACCCGCCCCGAAUCAUCUCCCCGCCUUUAAUGAACGGCUCGGCGGAUCUCCUGCUGCCUCUCGGUGCCCCGCCGGGCUUCCUGAUCGCUGGGCUGGCAGCCCGGGACGCCGACGAUGGUCGUAACUCCGAGCUGACUUUCUUCCUCCUGGAAGGGGUGUCCAGGCUCUUCGGGGUGCAGCCGGAGACCGGAGAGCUCUUUCUGCGGGAACGGGUCCCGCCUGAGGCCGAGCCCCGCUCUGCUUUCCACUUGGUUGUUGCCGUCGAGGACGGCGGCCGGCCUCCUCUGACUUGCACAGCGACCCUGCGGCUGAUUUGCACGGAGACGCUGCCCUCUAGCGUGCAGAUGGUGGCGCUGCAGCUUGGCGUGGCCGGAGGAGAGCCGUGGGACGCGUCGGUGCUGUGGAUCGCCGUCCUGGGCGGCGGUUGUGGGGUUUUGCUGGUGGCCAUUCUCCUCGUGGGAGCAUCUAUUUGGAUGGGCAGGAAGAAGUUCCCCGUUGGCAAGCCAAUGAAGCCUCUGGGACCCAGGGAAGGAGGAAGCCAUCCUGUCCCUCGAUGGGGAGAAAGGAUCCCCAAAGAUUCUGCUUGGAGUGGAGCUUUCUCAGCAGCUGAAGAAGGGAGCCGUGACUCCUUGGGUGUGACUGAGACCGAAACUCCUAGCUCCGAUUCCCAGGUAUCUUCUCAGCUACAGUUAAAUCCUGACCCUGUUUGGCUGCUGAGGUUCACCUCCUCUUUUAUCAGAGAACGAUAA